AUGGAACUUUACAGCGAGUGCGCUCAGCUGCGAGGGAGAAGGAAGGAUACGCUGAUUGGAGCUCCCGCCUCUGCCCUGGCCCCACUCAUCAAUUACGAACAGCAGCGAGAGCCCAAUCAGCGGCAUUGGCGUCAGCUGCAGAGCGCGUCCGUGAGGCGGGGGCUGGCAGCGGGAGCGCUCAUGUCAGGCCGCAGCUCGCACGAGGCCCGACUGCCGCGGUGUACGGCAGUCUUAACGGGAGCCCCCACUUCUCCGUCUCCCCCUGUCCCCCGCAGACCUCAGACCCGAUUGUGUUGGUACAAAGUGAGGAAGCGGCUGGCCUUUGAGAGCGGCGCAGAGGAAGUGUCCGCCUGCAGUGGACUCGGACUCGGACUCGGACUCAGAGGAAACACAGAGGGACCAGACCUGAGCUCAGGGUCCGGGACACUCAGAACGGGACAGAAAACAUACAGAAAGAUUAAGUUAUUGACAAAUCACACUCAGUUCAUUUGA